AUGGAUUCCUCACUGAAACGUGCCCCAGUCUUUCUGUGGUUUUACGUUUCUGUUCCUCUCCAGUAUGGCAGAGAGGACGCAGUGGAGCAACAGCUGAAGCUGCUGGAAGGCCCUUCGCCUCUCUCCAACCAGCCAGCCCGUCUUGCUGCUGGAAGGCUUUUGAGUCGACUCAAAAGCGUUUGUUUUUCCUGUUAUGUUUCUGCUCCCCUUCAGUACGGCAGAGAGGACGCAGUGGAGCAACAGCUGAAGCUGCUGGAAGGCCCUUCGCCUCUCUCCAGCCAGCCAGCCCGUCUAGGCACCAGACGAACGUCUGCUCGCCCCAUAUCCACAUCCUCUCAAACACCUGCACCUGCUGCUGCUGCUGCUGCUGCUGCUGCUGCUGCUGCUGCUGCUGCCGCUGCUGCUGCUGCCACUGGUGGUGGUGGAGGUGAUGCUGCGAAUGACACCGGUCGGGGAGUGGGUGACAACGAUGAGAGGGUUGGGAAGAAGGCGGGUGUAGGAGUUGGGCUAGGGUGGGCCUCGAAGGAUGGUGGUGGUGGGGGUGGCGCGGGUGGGAGGGGAAGAGGGAGGACGGUGGAGCAAGGGUUGCUGGGCAGCAGUGGUGACGUGGCAACGAGCCGCGCUGAGCUGGUGCUGCACGUGGGGCGAUACGAGGAUGCAUACCGGAUCACGAAGCAUGUCUUGGACCGGGAUCCACACAACACUCGCUGCAUCCCCACCCACCUGGUAGCAGCGGUGCACCUGGGCAGGAGGAACGAGCUCUUCAGAGCGGCACAUCAACUGGUGGACGACCACCCCAACACGGCGUUGGCAUGGUUUGCAGUGGCGUGCUAUUACUACUGCAUUCGGCAGCACGACCAGGCGAGGCGGUUCUUCUGCAAGGCCACCACCGUCAGCGCUGCCUUCGCCCCCGCGUGGAUGGGCUUUGGGCACACGUACGCAGCACAGGAGGAGACGGAUCAAGCCAUGGUGGCUUAUCGGACCGCAGUGCGGCUCUUCACAGGCUUCCAUGUGCCUCUGGUAUGCAUCGGCAUGGAGUAUGCACGCUCCAACAACCUCAGUCUAUCGCUGCAUUUCUUGGAUGAGGCGCGCAGGCUGUGCCCGUCAGAUCCGCUGGUGCAUAACGAGCUAGGAGUCAUUGCCUACAGGAGCCACGAUUUCACCUCAGCAGCGCGGCACUUUGAAAUGGCGCUGCGGCUGGUGGCUGGGUACGGAGCAGCAGCGGGAGAGGGAGGCGGGGCAGAGAGCGAGGGGGCACGGGGGAGCUCGAAUGCAGCAGCAGGGCGGCAGGCUGUGGUGGCGGAGUCGCUGGGUCUGUGGGAGUCAACUGUGGUCAACCUCGGUCACUCGUACCGGAAAAUGAGGAGAUACGGCGAUGCACUGAUGGUGUACGAGCAGGCGCUCUCUCUCCGCCCCAACACCGCCAGCACCUUUGCUGCUAUGGCCUUCACCCACCACCUGCAGGGAAACCUCAUCCCCGCUAUUGAGUUCUACCACAAGGCACUGGGCCUAUGUCCAGGAGAUAGCCUGUCCGCUGAGAUGCUAGGCCAGGCACUGAAGGACGAGUGUGCUCUCAUGUCGGCUGCUGCUGACGACCAUGUGGGGCCUGAUGCUGUCCUGCCGCCCCUGAUUGCGUGA